UUUAGCAUCUCUGUUGGCGGAAGUGUUGUCUCAACGAAGGAGAUGAUAAAGGGAACGAGUGAGAAAUCGAAGAAGAAGAUAGUCAUUGCUGAUAUGGUUUUAAUCGCUUCCAUAAACGAUGACCUUCUUCAUAACAUUCUCUUGAGGUUGCCGGCGAAAUCGUUUGCUUUCGCUUCCUGUGUUAACCGAUCCUGGAACAGCCUCUGCAAUCGAAUCCUCUCUCGCCCCAAAAUGGUCUCUGCUUUCUCACGUAAUCCUAACCAAACUAGAGCUGGUGAAGAAGUGCUUGAUAAGGUUUUGUCUGAGCCAAUUCGACCACAUUUUGUGAUCGCAAACAUUACAUGUGGGAACAUGGAAGAAACGUUGACACUGAUAACUGAAAGAGUGGGAUCAAGGGUUCCUAUUAUUGUAUCCGUUGUUGCUGGAAUCUUAGGAAAGGAAGCAUGCAAUGACAAUGCUGGAGAGGUUAAACAUCAUGUCACAACUGAUGAUGGCUUGUCCGUUGUUGCAAAUUUCGCUAUACUGUUGACGAUUGGAUACUUACCAGGAAUGAAAGUCGACGUUAUUCCUGCAAUUCAAGCAAAAGGGGAAUUAGAAGCUGAAAUCGGAGAAAAUUUUGUGAUGGAUAUCAGAAAUUAUGUAUCCGUAGUUUCAGGUCAUGCUGCACCAGCCUGUCUUAUACUCUUUGGGGAGGAUACUCAUGCCACAGAACCUAUUCUUCAAAAACUGGAUUAUGCCAUGCCUGCAGAAACUAUUAUUGUGGGUGAUCAAACUUGCGAGUUUCUACAUAAACGUGGUAAUGAACCAAGAAAUGUUCAGUUACACAAAGAUGAUAGCAGAGUUUUCGCAGGUUUAGUCUUUGCAAGAGACAGACACAGACCCACUCAGGCCGGAAGAAUUCAGUUUGACGCUGCAAUAUCAAGAGCAAUGUCAUCAGUUGAUCUGAGGUACAAGGCGGCUAAUGUCCGUGUUAGUCGUCGCCCUAGAUGUCCUUCUACGCUUCUGACUGCAAAAAGAGGAGGAGAAGCAGAGGUUCUUAAUGGCGACCAAAUUUUAGAUGACAUAAAUGAUUUUUUAGGAAACCAGAUCUGGGAGAAUGAUCCAUAUCUUGGAGUAAUAAAACGAAGAAAAUAUUCAAUUGGUUUGGAGGAGAAGCCAAAGAUCAUGGCCUCACUUGUAUUCCAUCAAGUGACUGGAGCUGAUGAGCAGGAUCUUUUAGUCAAUGGUGCUGAAAUCAAAACCGGUGACUAUUUCCAAGUAUACCUCCCUGAUCUCAAAGUGGCUGAAGCAUCACUAAAUGCUGUUUCUUCUCAGCUUAGAAAUCUCCAGUCUAAGCCGAAUAAGCCGGAAGUCGUUGGAGGUUUUGCUUUCGUUGGUAGCAGACGCGGUGACUCCUUCUUUGGUCGUCAAAACGCAGAUUGCACACCGUUUUUGGAGAAUUUCCCGGAGUUACCGUUUGGCGGUAUAUUCUGCAACGGUGAAAUCGGACGCAGCUUAUUUGUAGAGGAUGGAGAGGAAAAGAAAGAAGUGAGCAUCAGAAGGUGUCUUCACGUUUAUAGUUCCGUAUAUCUUAUUGUCUCGUAUACCUCUUAGUUAAGGUGUCUGUUUGUUUUUGGUUAUUAAGAGAUUAAUAAGUUAACUAAAGAACUAUUUUAUUUCAAGUCAUAGAUUAAAAAAAUUUAAGAAGGCA